AUGGACAGCAGCCAGGACAACAACCGGGAUACGGACAAUAUCAGUCAGGAGCUGCCUAUCCGCCGGCCGGUCCACCUCACCGUGCUCCUCAUGUUCAGUUACUCGCAACCUCCGAAUCAACCUCCUGCGCAGCCCUAUGCACCACCACAGAGCCACUAUCAAGGAUAUCAGCCUCAGCAUGCGGCCACUAACACCAAUCAACAGGCUUAUGGACAGAAUCCAGCGUGGUCACAGCAGCAGGGGCAAGCAUCCUAUCAGUCAAACCAACACAGCUCAAUCAACGGAUUACCCAACGAUAGUCAUUCCACGCCGGAUCCUCACGCUACACCAACACAGGCGACUGUUCAUCUCACUACAUCUCGUACCCUUCCACCGUCAAAUCAGUCCACGAGUGCUUUGAGUGAGGAAAGUUCAGGCGAGAAGCCGCAACUGUUCCUUGCCUGGGACGACUGGGAUUUCGAUUUCGAUGGUGCUAUAUGGCCCAAAAGCAAUGAACCUGUCGAUCCGGCCCUAAGUCUCGGAGUUAUCAUCUGGCAUCCCGCAAAGCAGGUAACACGUGCAUUACCAUCAACCUUCGCCGAGGCCGAAGAAGACGCACUGAAACCUACGCCGGAGAAACUGGACAACGGAGAUUCAGUGUCGAUGUACUUUACAGCCGACAACUCGCAUGAGGCUUUCUUGAAUGUUAGGCAGACAGACGAAUGGGAGACACUUCAAGAUGACCCAGUCUUCGUCGUAUUCACAGACGAGGACAUGAAAUCCAAUCUCGUCUCGCUAGAGGAUUGUAUUGCUCAACGAGAUCGACCGGACGAAUUGUACGAGGAGGUACAGCAGGAUGAGGAUCUGGAGAUGCGCGAUGCUACGUGGGACAUUAUGGAUAACCUUGAGCAAGCACUCGCUACAAACAGUGGAUCCACCAAACCUGCCACUACGGAGUCUGAGACAGCACCUCCUCAACAGCUAAGCCAAGAAGACAUCCUGGCUAAACUGGGCGUGACCGGGACCCCGAAGCCACCAUCAGAUGAGCAGAUUUCACUACCAUUAUCUGCCUCCGAUGCGAAGAUCCCGUCGGCACUUCCUGGCAAGCCAUCAUUGCCUUCUGCCUUCACAAAGACUGCAGAGCCUGCUCUUCCACCUCAACGAGCGCAAUCGUAUGGAGGGCAUCGCAACAAUACACAUGGACCUCCGCUGCCUCGGCCGUAUGGCUCCAUGUCGUCUUCCACCACCUCUAGGCCCCCACCUCCACCUCCACCCCCACAACAACAACGCUACGAUCCUUGGAAUGCGCCUCAGCAUCGUGGCCAUGGUCUCGAUGGCUCCAGGGGCAGUCCAGCGCUCUCUGAAGGAAGCAACCACACCAUGGCUGGCUCUGAUUUCGAGCCCGAAAAUCCCAGCAGCGAGAUACGACAGGAUGUGCCAAGUGCAACCUCACUCGACCGAGGCGAUAGCUCUUUCUCUCGGAAGAGGAGCUAUGAGGAUGCGGACCACGAGCAUGAGCGCUUGCGGCAGCAAGAAGACUACAGCAAGCGAAAGCGGCGCUCUCAAGUUGAUGCUGCGUACAGGUAA